GAGAGAUUGAGCGCCGACAGUAGUCGUGCAUUAGCUCGAGAGCCAACAGGACCCGCGUUACUGGCCGACUCGCAGACAUUAUUCACGGCAACAGUGCACAACAUUGUCGUUCCAUCUGAAACAGCAGUGUCUGCUUCCAAUCAAAGCCUUGCCGAGCAGCGGCUGGUUUGCGGCAGAGGCACAGAUUGUUGCAACCGUCAUGAAACUGUCGAAGUUGUUCUCAAAGAACAGAAGGCCAUCUUCUCCCAAGAAUGCCAACCCCUUCGCGCUGUACUUAUCCGCAGAUCCUUCAACUCGCCCUGUGAAGCCUCCUUCGACUUCGUCGAAGAGUUCUCCACAUCUCUCUAGUCAGCCAUCGGAGCUGUCUUCGGCUGACCAGAAGCGUCCGGUUAUUGCUCAACUGUUCGAGCUCGAACAUCAGGAUCUCGUGGAGGCUUUUAAAAUCAUCGACACGGAUGGGAAUGGAAAGAUCACGGAGCAGGAGCUGCGUCUUAUGUGGAAGAGACUCGGGAAGAGAAUUUCAGAUCAGGAGCUUCGGUUAAUGAUUGAGGAAGCGGAUUUGAAUGGGGAUGGAGUCAUUGAUCUGCAGGAAUUUGUUGCGUUUCACAGCCAGCAGCUGCCGCAUCCGGAUGUGGUCGACCCUGCAACUCGUGCAGAGGACAUAAGACUAACCUUCAAAGUGUGUGACUCGGAUCGAGACGGUCUGAUUUCGGCCUCUGAUAUGCACAAGGUGAUGCGAAGGUUGGGGAAGAGUAAGGCAACUCUCUAUGAAUGUUCUGCUAUGGUCACAUGCGUGGACUCCGAUGGUGACGGCCUCAUCACCUUCUCCGAAUUCGAGAAGCUAAUGAGAUCCAGAAUCUUUGCUCAGAGUGGUUGGUAACGUUGACGAUCGAUCUGCUGCAUCGAAUGUGAAGUCAUGAUCAAAUCAACUUGCUGGAAGUCCAGCACUUCGAACUGAGUAAAUUGCAGAUUGGUCACGAGUGCUCAGGAGUCUCUGUCACUCCAAGACUUGUACAUAACGUGCAUCUGAAGCUUUCAGGUGCCUUCGGCAUACCGUAAAAUGAAGCUACAGCUGCUGCUGUCUACGCUUUUAAUUAUUUUUGCAACCAGUGAUCAUGGGUUCAGGAGGUCAAGGCCGUUCUACCGUGAUCAGUCAUUGAAUAUCGACAUAUUAGAGUUCCAAGAGCAAGAUGCAAAAUGAGGAUUUCCUUCUCCACCGAGAGCUGCGAAAGUCGGGCGGUUGACCUCCCAAUAGGGCUCUCCGUACUAUGUUUGGAAUCGUCUUUCUUAUACGCAUGAAAGGAGAGAAAGUGAAGUGGUAAGGAGAGACCAUCCACAUACAAGAUAUCUUUGUAGGCCAGGGAAAGCUAACAUGCGUCUUUACUGAUCUUUAUCAGAAGGUGUCUACUGUUAGCUUCAGGCCAAACAGAACAAUAGGAUUUUAAAAUUUGAGCCAAUGUUUUGUUCAGCUCAACAUAUUUAGGGCCAGGGCCAGGGCCACUAGAUUUGGACUUGGUUCUCGUUGUAGGAUAUUGUAC